UCAAAUGGUAAAGUUAAAACUUACAUCCAACAUAUCAUUUGGUGCAACCUCCCCCACCUUCUACAAACCAACAAUUGAGCGUACGCACCCAAAUCCCAACAAACAUUUAGUACACACAUUUGUUCACCAAUACAAUGAAACAAAAUCACUUUUCACAAACACAAAAUCAAAUCCACCAAAACCACACUUAUCUAUAACAAUAACAGUGAUAGUUAUGAUAAUCUAUUACUUCAAACUAUAUGCAGCUAUAUGCCUAUAUAUAUAUAUAUAUAUUUUCUUCAUUUUACACUUAUGAUUGCUUCUUCCCACCGCAUCCAUAUCCCCCCAUACCUGUUGCAUCUUCUUUCCCUUGCCUUGCACAACUCGGCAACUCAUUUUAAAAACUAUAUACUUAACCAAAAUUUUAUAUUCCUUAUUCAAAACCAUAGAUGUAGAUAACAUUCCGAUGAUCAAAUUGUUCGUUAACCCAUUGCGUGUUCGAGCCAAAUAUGAACUCCAACAUGAAGCAUUUGAGAAUCUUUAUUCUCACUGUGGUGAUUUUGAUAGCAGCAGUAUCUGGGAGCACUAAUGAGGAGCUGCUUUACCGCAACGAAAGGAACGACCUCCUCGAGCUCCGCGACUCGCUGCGCUCCGCCGUGAACUUGCACUCCAACUGGACCGGCCCGCCGUGCUACAACAGCCGGAGUCGGUGGUUUGGGAUCACGUGUAGGAAUUUGAGCGUUGUCGGGAUCGCGCUCGAAGGGAUCCAGCUCACCGGCUCGCUCCGGCCGACUGCGCUUCAGAAUGUGACACAUCUACGCAAACUCAGCCUUCGAGACAACGCCAUUCACGGCGAACUCCCGAGCCUCGAAGGCCUCGUCCACCUCCGCGAGGUUUCCUUCUCCGGGAACCGGUUCUCGGGGCCGAUACCUAGAGACUUCACAUCCUUGGCGAGACUGACUCGGCUCGAACUACAAGACAAUCUUCUCAACGGCACGAUCCCGCCGUUCGAUCAGCAGAGCUUGACGGAGUUCAACGUGUCAUAUAACUUCCUCCGAGGCCAAGUUCCGGAGACUUCGGUUAUGCUGAGGUUCCCGGAGAGUUCUUUCGAUCACAAUUCGGAGCUUUGCGGGAAGUUGGUGAAUAACCCGUGCGCGGUGGUCGUGGCUCCUCCAAUCGGUCGCCAAGUUCCACCACGGCCUUCCCGUGGCACGCCAUCGCCUUCUAUUAGGCAUUUGAAUAAAAGGAGAAAGAAGGGUUUGAAGCUGUGGAGUGUCGCCCUGAUUGCAGUUGGUGCAGCUUUGGUUCCUUUCAUGGCCCUCUUCUCCUUGUAUGUCUACAAAAGGCAUAGAAAGACAAAGUGUGAUGGAGAACAUUCAGAAAUGUCAUCUCGAUUCAUCAAUAAGGCGAUGAAAGAAUUAGGGAGUCCAGCCGAGCCAGAAGAAGGCACUGAGUUAGAGUUCUUCAACCAAGAAAAGGCCGUUUUCAACCUCAAUUGCCUAUAUAGAUCUUCAGCUGAAGUGAUAGGGAAAGGGAAGCUAGGGAUCACAUACAAAGUGACGAUAGAGUCGGGCCUGGUCGUCAUCGUAAAGAGGAUGAGGAAUAUGAGUGGGGUGAGCAGGAAAGAGUUUGUGCAGCAGCUGCAGUUGUUUGGGAGGCUGCGGCAUGAGAACAUUGCAGAGAUCAUCUCAUACCACUACUCCAAGGAAGAGAAGUUGGUCAUCUAUGAACAUAUCCCUGGUGCGAGCUUGUUUCAAUUGUUACAUGAUAACAGAGGAGAAGGAAGAAUACCUUUGAAAUGGGCAACAAGGCUAAGCAUUGUAAAGGGAAUAGCCAGAGGCUUAGCUUACCUCCACCAGUGCCUCCCCUUCCAAAAGGUCCCCCAUGCUAACCUCAAAUCCUCCAAUGUACUCAUCCUUCACACCCACCACCUCCAUAACAAAAACUAUCUCCCGAAGCUCACGGACUAUGGUUUCCAACCCCUCCUCCCCCACAUGCACAAAUUAGCGAUAGCAAAAUCACCGGAGUACUCUCAUAACAGGAAAUUAACGAACAAGGCCGACGUGUUCUGCUUCGGCCUCUUGCUAUUAGAGGUAGUUACGGGUCGUGUCCCAGGCGAUGAAGAGGCGGAUUUGUCAAGUUGGGUGAGAUUAGCGGUGAGAAAUGAGUGGUCGACGGAUAUACUGGAUUUGGAAAUAAUGGCGGAGAAAGAGAGCCACGGAGAAAUGCUGAAGCUUGUGGAGAUUGCUCUCGAGUGUACGGAACAUGAGGCAGAGAAAAGGCCGAGGAUGAACGAUGUGGUGAGGAGGAUCGAAGAUAUCAAGGAAGGAAAAAGUGAAAGGAAAGAUUUGAUCAUAGAGAUCUAGAGACGCGAUUUGUUUGUGUUAAACUUUUCGGUACAAGAAGUUGGAAUGUCAAAAUGUGCCUUUCUGAGAAGCUGCAUUGCAACAAAUUAAACUGAACUGCUUUUGAACUAUUCACUAGAGAUACAGAUUUAUUUCGGGGGUUCUCUUCAUGCGAACAGAACCCAUGCAUUCAUGCAGCAGCAGUGAGCUUCUCAGCAAUUUACUUUACAAUGUUAAAUGUUAAUAGAUUUGUGUCUCUAUUCGUGAAAA